AUGGAUAAUUUAUCUAGCUUUACUCACAAACUGACUCAUCAACAAGAAUCUCACUACAUGGUGUCAGCUCUCAAACAUGUUUUCUCUGGAGCCGCCGUUGAUGGUCGAGCCGACGGAGAAGCUGCUCAGCUUUUAUGGGAAGUUGAAAAUGCAGCCACGUCAGAUAAUUCAAUGCCACGUAGGAGUAUCAAUGUUCACCCAGUACACGUGGAGUUGGAGUUGGGGAAGAAGAAGCAGAGGAGGAGGAGGAAUACGAAGAAGGAAUUUAGGGGAGUGAGACAAAGACCAUGGGGAAAAUGGGCCGCCGAGAUCCGUGACCCGCAUAAAGCCCAACGACUUUGGCUUGGUACGUUUGUUACUGCUGAAGAUGCUGCUAGAGCUUAUGACAAAAAAGCCGUAGAGUUUAGAGGGAAUAAGGCAAAAACAAACUUUCCUCUUAAGGAAUAUAUUGAUGAUCACGACAACAGUUCCCCAAUGAUGAAAGUGGAAGAACAUGAAAAUGACCAAAAUAUGUUGUCUAAUACGAAGAUGAACCACAUUGAAGAACUUGUUUCAUACUUGAUGGUUUUAGAAUCUAGAAUUCUUGUAUUAGGUGAUGAUCGAGUUGUACGAUAG